GGCUUUGAGCUCGGUGACGUCAGAGCUGCUUGUUAGAGCAGCAGGUCAGCAAAGAUGGCGGCGGAGGAGAGCAGGUUGAAGCAGCGGAACCACAAAAACAGCAUCUUCACAGACGGUAAGACUCUACAGACCGAGACUUCACGGACGGUACCGACACCGGAGAGGGCGGGGGGUGUUUCCUGAUUGUGCGGAGGGUCCGGUUCUGAUCCGGUUCGGGUAUUUAGUGUGUUUUCUAGACGAUAAAACGGGAUGAAACGGUCCGUUUCGACGGAUAAACGCAUCUCUCCCGCUAAGAUUUAGCGCUCUUAGCCCUGUCUGUUUACUGUCACUGUGAAAAAAACACGGCUCUUAGUCAGCACAGACUCGGACCCACGGCUGAGUUCGGGUGGUUCUGCCCGGUGUGAAGUCCGGGAUAUCCACGAUAAGCCGUCCGGGGCUGUCCUUCAGCAGCUGCUCCGGGGUUUGUUGUUAGCAUGUCGGCUAAUCCAGCUGCCGUCAGCCUCCUCUUUAUUAAAACACACACACACACACACACACACACACACACACACACACACACACACACACCUGUCCAGCUCCAGGUUCUCUUCAUGCUGGUUUCAGUCGAACCCUCUCAGUGAUUUUAGUCCAACAGACUCUGAACUGAGAGUCAAACUUGGUUCGGAUGAAAUGUGGGAAAAGGUCCAAAUGUGGACCUGAUCAGAACUCUUAGUGAAAACCUCCAUCCUAAAGAAACGGUCAGAACCCUGACCAGAACUAUCGGUACUGUCAGCUUCACCGGACAGAACCUCAAUGCAGACUACUGAGUCAUGGUCAAGGUCCAUCACCAACCAGAACUCAGAACCCUGACCCGGACCUCAGGACUGGGUCGGGAUUCUUGGUAAAGGAUGCAGUGAAAAUAUCUCAGAAUCAGACAAACUGGACCCUGAAGAAGACCGGACUGAACUCAUGACCGACUCCGAACCGUCCAUGGUUGGACCCGGUUUAGAAGACUGCAGUUCAGGGAUCGAGCUCAGGCUAAUGUGACGGCGCUGAUGGACCUGAUGGACCUGAUGGACCUGAUGGAGGGUGAGGGGUUUUUGUCUAAAAGUGGGGACGAGGCAGUCGAACAGAAAACUUAAACCAGACUGUAAACCCGGGAUUUUAAACCCGGGUUCAAGUUCUGGACCGAGGCAGGAAAGGCUGACGACUGUAGAUACAACAUCUACCUCAGUUUGACUGUCUAUGAUGAUAAUAAUAAUAAUUAUUAUUAUUAUUAUUAUUAUUAUUAUUAUUAGAGCUGGUGGAGGUCACAUGGUUUCAAAGUAAAUCUGUGUAAACGGUCCAAGUACCGAACUGGACCAGCUGGUCUCGUGGAAAACCAGAUGGUUUCAGGAAAUGAAUGUAAAGGGAGUUUUUUACUUUUAUUUAUUUAUUUAUUUUGUCAAUUAAACAUAAGAAACACGUUUUCAAAUGUCCAAGUUAACGAGAAGGUCGACUCGUCCACCAAACGCCAUUUUCUUUCUGAGGACUCGGCCUGAUCAGCAGCUCUGAUUGAUUUGAUUGAUGACCUCAUAAUUGAAGAAAAACAUUUAAACUCCGAUAAAGUCUUUUUUAGGGAAUGAUCAGAUAGUGGGCGGGGCCACUGCUGCUCUUGUUUGUGGUUUUCAGACAGUAAAAACUCCUGAGUGCAGCUUUAAAAUGUUUGAGAGACGAGGUGGUGAGGGUGUGUAGAUACACGAGUGUGUUCACAGUAGGUGUUGUAUCUUGUUGUGUAGGCUGAGUGUGUACACAGUGGUGUCUGUGUUUGUGUUGUGUGAGGAUGACACGGUGGUGGAUAACAUCAUGAUCAGGGAGGUCUGCGUGACGACCUAAAGUGGGUGGGUGUGGGACACCUGUGAGGUGGACAGGUGUGAGACUUUUCUGUCCCUGAGACGGUGAGGGUCAUGGUUUGAACCCUCCCCCUCGGCCUCGUGUUUCUUAUCGGUGUUAUCACGCUCCUCUCUGGGGGGGGGGGGGGUGUUCUUGGUGUUUGACCUGCUUGUUGUUCUCACAGCUGCAGAGAUCUGCACACGGCGCCCUGAAGUGGGUCAGAGAACGGAGUCAUGUGAGUCUAUACAUCAUUGUACUGCUGUGGUGAUCCUCUUACUGCAGGUCUGGAGCUCCUGAGUUCAAGGUCUCUGAGUGGAGCUGGUUUCCUCCCUGAAAACAGACCCCCAUAGAUGGACCCGGAAAUCUGAGUCUUCUUCAUGAACGUCCCACUGAGGGGAAGUCUUGGUUGAAACCUGGUCCCAACAAAAGUUCUUGUUUUUGUCCCAGAAGGACCAACGAGGUCCAACGGUAGGAGAAGAGUCCUGGACUGAUGCGGUCCUGACCUGUCCCCCUUUUUUAAAAUCAAGACUUUAUUCCCGAACUUUAGAAGAACUGGGACUUUUAAGUCGGGUCUGAUCUACUGAUCUGGACUUUUUUGAAUUGGUCCACCUGGUCUGGGUCAACGUAGGUCAUCCUGAACCUUGGGUCCAGCAGAAAGACCAUGUCCAAGAGUCCCCCCCCGACAGGGUCUCUGGAUCUGUCCUCAUGGUUCUAUCCCAGUCUGGUGAUUAGGUCCAGUAAGAGGAUCUGACCUGGUACCAGAAUACCAGGAGAGUUCAUGAUGAUCCGGCUGAAGGUCUCUGAGAAGAACCAGUCUGACCAGUGCUGCAGACUGGUUUGGUUCCAGUCUCUGAAGGUUUAUUUGUAACAUGGGGUUCUAUGGGGACUCGCCCACUUUUAGAGACAGCCUCUAGUGGACAGUGGAGGAAGUGCAGAUGUUUCCAGUCAGCGUGUUUCUGGAGGAGACGAGCGUUCGUUUGUGUGUCUGUGUGAAUCAGCAGACUGUUGUCAGUGUGUCCUUGUGUUGUUGUUGUUGUUGUUGUUGUUGAUCGAUCAGACUCAAGUGUGAAACUGUGGGGUCUCGCUGCUGCGUCUGUCCGCUGUCAUGGUUUCAUGGUCCUCUUCAUCCCUGAUCUUCUCUGUGACGAUGAAUCGGAUCAAUAUUUCUGAUCGGACGACAUUUCUCUCUGAUUUCUCAGUUUUAUUUCGCUGCUGCCCUUUGACCUUUCUCUGCAUGACGAGGCCCUGAGAGCGUUUGUUUCUUCUUCUUCUCUGUUUUGUACAGAGGAAGUCAUGAUUGUCUUCAGGCGGCGUCCGUCCCGCACAGAGAGAACACUGAAUGAAGCGGAUCACUGCUGCUCUCACAGCCGCGGUCACAUGACGCUCAGAAAGGCGUCUUAACCGUUUUUAUGACUGCCUGCACGGCGCUCUUCCUCCUCAUGACGAUGAUCAGAGCUCACAUGGCGGCUCCUCGCUGACCUGAAUGAAGACUCCUCUUCUCCAUCCUCCCAUGAGGCCGCGGGCUGCUGCCCGGCGAUCACGCCAUGACGACAGGAAUUUUCAGCUUCACUCAGUUUGUCGGAAAAACAAGAUCUCUGUGUCUCUGCAGCCAAAUAUGUCCUGAUCUCCAGAGUCGGCCGAGUGUAUCUGCUGCCUUACAAGGAGACUGAGAGCGGCUCGGUCUAUUUACUGUAAAUGUCCAUCACAGCAGCAGACGCUCUCCUCCGUGAAGCUUCAGGGUCAACAUCAGAGCUUAUUGAUUAUCUAUCAGACAGAGACACGGGGGACAAACCAACACCUGAGACUUCUGAGUCCAUCUGAGGUGGACUGACGGGAAGAGGGGACCUGACCCUCGGUCUGAUGGCUAAAGGAAAGGACAACUGGACUUAGUCGAGAUGUUUCUCCUCAGGCGAAACGUCUCGACUAAGUCCAGCUGUCCUUUCAACGAAGAACUAGAAAUCAUAGAUGUUACAUCCUCAGUUUUAAACAAGAUCUCCAGGACUAGGAGGAACAUCUGCGUCCAUCCAGACCUGGACUUCUUCAGGGAGGACCUUCAUGUGAUCCAGAACCACAUUCUGACAACAGCAUGGUUCUGUAGGAGAAGAGUCAGGUCUCGACAGUGCGACCAUUUCACUGCCACUAAAAAUAGAUGUGUGUGAAUUCUCAAAUCUAUUUAGGGUCAAAUGUGCGAAUAAAAAAAAUCAACAAAUGUUUUUUAUUUUUCCUGUAAAUACGGCGGUGAAGUUAGUUUCAGGUUGGAUAUAUUUUCCUGUAAAUACAGCGGUGAAGUUAGUUUCAGGUUGGAUAUAUUUUCCUGUAAAUACGGCGGUGAAGUUAGUUUCAGGUUGGAUAUAUUUUCCUGUAAAUACGGCGGUGAAGUUAGUUUCAGGUUGGAUAUAUUUUCCUGUAAAUACGGCGGUGAAGUUAGUUUCAGGUUGGAUAUAUUUUCCUGUAAAUACGGCGGUGAAGUUAGUUUCAGGUUGGAUAUAUUUUCCUGUAAAUACGGCGGUGAAGUUAGUUUUAGGUUGGAUAUAUUCUCCUGUAAAUACGGAGGUGAAGUUAGUUUUAGGUUGGAUAUCUGACGGACAUUCUCUGAGGAUCUACCGUUGUGUCUUCUCACUCUCCAUAACCGGGAAUAAGAACAGCGGCGCGGUUAGAGGCGGGGUCAGCAGGAAUCUUGUUGUUCUGGCGUUUUUACCCCCGCUGCCCCCCCCCCCCCCCCCCCCCCACUCUCUUUUAAUGCCGAAUAUCGAAAAACCAAAUUGAUCAUGUUUUUAUAUUUAUAUGGAGGGAAAAUAAUUUUAGAUAUCGUUAUUGUUUUAUGGCCCAGCACUAAUUGGGACUCUGUGUGUGUGUGUGUGUGUGUGUGUGUGUGUGUGUGUGUGUGUGUGUGUGUGUGGUGGGGGGGUUCAUUCAGUGACUCGGAUCACAAAUCCACCUGUGACCCUGUUUUUGUCUCUCAGGGGGUCUGAAACCAGACAAGCCCACCAUGUCACAUGACGAGGAUGACGACGACAGCCUGCUGGAGGAAGAUGUGGGCGUGGCCCGGCCGGUGCAGAUCGUCAUGGCGAAUGAGGAGGAGCACUCGUUCUCACUGCAAGAGGAGGCGCUGGAGCGGCUGCUGCUCCAGGAGGAGGUGCAGGACCUUCACGUGGUCGUGGUCUCUGUGGCCGGAGCUUUUCGUAAGGGCAAGUCCUUCCUGCUGGACUUCAUGCUGCGUUACAUGUACAAACAGGUAAACCGCCGACCGCCGUGACGGUGUGUUCAGAGAGGAGCGGCGCCUCUUUACAGCCGUCUGAUUUAAAUGUUUAAACGUCAUCUUUGCUGCGUCGUUUUCACAUCAGGUAGUCCGACGUACUCAAGAGUCACUGUUUACCGCUGGACCUUGGAUUUGACUCCGCCCACAGUCCAGGUUCAGUUUGAUGGAGUUUCCUUCAGAUUUAUCAGUGAUGUUCUGAUCAGAUAUCAAGGAUUAUUAUUUGUAUUCAUAAACAGAAUCUUGUUAAUUUUCCGUCCGAUGACGUCUAGAACUGUUUCAUUUCCCAACAAUCCCACAAAGAUGUGUUUCUGUUUCACUCUGGUGUCACCGUGGCGAUGAAUUCAGGUUAAAUUUAUGACGUUGGGAUGGAGAAAUAUGAGCUCUGUGUCGGAGCUUCAGUCACAUGACCCUCCCUCGCUCUUCCACGGGUCACUCCGGCUAUCAUCCGUUUUUCUAACAUCAACUUCUUUUUCCCAUCGUCAGUUUUCUCCUUUUAUUGGCGGUGAGCAUCAACAGGAAGUUAAAGUGUAGGUGUGCGUGGAGGUAACUGCACGAGUUCAUCUGUGAGGUGACCUUCGGCCUCGUUAAUCACAGUAAGCACCGAGGAACGUUCUGGAGGGUUACGUAGUCCUCCAAAGAGGAUUUAGGUCGGGCACAAUGCCCGCUCUGUCUCUGGGGGGGGGCCUCUGCGGAGCUCCCGGCUCUGUUUUUAUUCGCACAAAAGGCCGUCUUUCUGCAUAAGAUAAGCCCCGCCCACAACAGGGUCGCUGACAUGACCUGACCCUAACAUGACCUCUGCGUGGAGUCAGGAAAGAUCAGGGACUUCUUUGACGGGGGACAGUUUUUCCAGUCCCAGAGUUCUGAGACUGAAGACCAGAUCCUGGAUCAAAGUAAGAAUUCCGACUUUCUGAACAGAACCGGGUCAGAACUCUUGGAUUACUCGUUCAGAUCCGGGUCAGAAUUCAGAGAGAAAUUAACCUGAAAAUUUUCAGUCAAAGUCCAAAUCUCCGAGUCCUCUCAGAAUUUUCUCUUCCGUGGUCGUCGUCGUUUUCUUCCGCUUCAUCCUGGUCCGGGUCGUGUGGUCAGCAGCUUCAGGAGGGAAGUCCAGACGGUCCUCACCCCGGACACCUCCACCAGCUCCUCCUCCGGGGGGACUCCCAGGCGCUCCCAGACCAGGACAGAGAUAUAAUCCCUCCUUCUGUCUCUUUCCAGUCGGCUGAUUUGUGGGUCGGCGGGGAGGAGGAGCCUCUGACCGGCUUCUCCUGGAGAGGCGGCUGUGAGCGGGAGACAACGGGGAUCCUGGCGUGGAGUGAGGUGUUUGUGGUGGAGAAACCAGACGGCUGUAAGGUGAGUCCACAGGCCGCCAUGAUGGAUUCUUGUAGAUGUUUGACCUCUGACCUGACACCUCCCGGUCCGCUGUUUCAGGUCGCAGUUCUGCUCAUCGACACACAGGGGGCGUUUGACAGCCAGUCCACCAUUAAAGACUGCGCCACACUCUUCGCUCUGAGCACCAUGACCAGCUCCGUUCAGGUCAGCCGUCCCUCUGAAAAGGUCAAAGGUCAACAGGGUGGGGGACCAGCAGACUGACAGGUGUGCUGUUUGUGUUCCAGGUCUACAACCUGUCCCAGAACGUUCAGGAAGACGACCUGCAGCACCUCCAGGUCAGUAUCUGAGAGUUUGGUCCUGUAGAGAGGCCCCGCCCCCUUUGUCAGUGUAAGAGCCGCUCCAUGAGGGGGCGGGGUUUCGCAUCCACAGGAGUCCAGGGUCCUCAUUUAUCAACCGUUCGUACAGACGUGUUUUAGUCACGACUUCGUACGAACGUUAAAGUCUGGGACUGAUCGACGUGUAAACUCUGAGUAAACUCGUACACUCAAACCCUAGUGGUCGAACAGUGAAACUACAACUAGAACCAUUAAAGGAGUCACAGCGCUCAGCGAUCUCAGACUUCACACAUGUUCUCUGUUACCUCUGUACAAAACUGAUCAAUCGGUUAUUGAUCAGACAUUUUCAAUGAUCGGAGUGACAAACUAUCAAAUCAGCUGAGAGAGGACAACCUCAGAGGAAGUCUGACAAGUACAAACACAAGUACAAGUACAAAUACAAGUACAAGUACAAACACAAGUACAAGUACAAACACAAGUACAAGUACAAGUACAAGUACAAGUACAAGUACAAAUACAAGUACAAGAACAAGUUCAAGUACAAGUACAAAUACAAGUACAAAUACAAGUACAAGUUCAAAUACAAGUACAAAUACAAGUACAAGUUCAAAUACAAGUACAAAUACAAGUACAAAUACAAGUACAAGUACAAGUACAAGUACAAGUACAAGUACAAGUACAAAUACAAGUACAAGAACAAGUUCAAGUACAAGUACAAAUACAAGUACAAAUACAAGUACAAGUUCAAAUACAAGUACAAAUACAAGUACAAGUUCAAAUACAAGUACAAAUACAAGUACAAAUACAAGUACAAGUACAAGUACAAGUACAAAUACAAGUACAAGUACAAGUACAAGUACAAGUACAAAUACAAGUACAAGAACAAGUUCAAGUACAAGUACAAAUACAAGUACAAAUACAAGUACAAGUACAAGUACAAAUACAAGUACAAGUUCAAAUACAAGUACAAAUACAAGUACAAGUUCAAAUACAAGUACAAAUACAAGUACAAAUACAAGUACAAGUACAAGUACAAGUACAAAUACAAGUACAAGUACAAGUACAAAUACAAACACAAGUCUCCUGGUUUAUUUUGUUCUGUUGGAGGACUUGGAGAAGCGUCUGCUCCUCCUCCUCCUCCUCCUCGUGCUGAUCAGUUCAGUGAGAACUCAGAGUGGAUUCUCAGCAGGAACCGCUUCCUCAAAAACCUCUGAAUGGAUUUAUGAUCAGAGAUUUACAGCCGUGUCGGAGUGAGAGACAAAACGCUCCAACGCCAUCAUCGCCGUGACCAUCCAGCUCCUGUCCACGCUUACCCGACAUCUCAGCCUGAGAUCGGAGACAAAGACGACAUUUCACAGACAACGCUAACAGAAUCAUGUCGGCAGAGUUGACCUCUGACCUCUGACCUCUGACCUGACUGAGUCCCGCAGAUUAACAGCAGCUUCUCUGUGAAAUCUCAGGUUCCGGUCUCAGGAUUGAGACCUGAUCCUCAGCCUUAUGAGGCAGGACCGGUCUCAGUCCGGGACCCAUAUUUGGUGUUUUUCUGAUGGUUCGAGUCUCUGCAGGUUUAAAGGCUUAUGUGGGCCGAUCCGAACCUUCUGACCUUCUGUGUUUGAUCCUCCUCAGCUCUUCACCGAGUACGGACGGCUCGCCAUGGAGGAAGUCUACGAGAAACCCUUCCAGGUACAGUCUUUGAUCAGCGCCUGUAGACCAGUCCCCCCCCCAGAGAUGAGGAAGUCCUCUGUGACUCAGUCAGACCUUUUCAUUCUGAACUGACCCGGUACCGGUCCAGUGAUACAGGACCAAAAGAAACCGGUCUGUUCCUGAAGCUCCUGUGAGGAACUGUCUGUCAGGGGGAAACUAGCGCCCCCCUGUGGACAAAACUCUCCUUCCUUGUUCUGUUGAAAAAGGCCGUUUUUCCCUUUUUAGAAAAAAAAAAAGUUUUAAGUUUUUAAAAAGUUUUAAAAAAGUAAAAAAAAGAAAAAAAAACGGCGUUGCUGGUUCAGGAGACCUCGGUUUGUUUCCUGUUGAAGGUUUGUUUGUUAUUGAUCCAGAAGACCUGAAUGUUUGUGUCUGCGUAGACUCUGAUGUUCCUGAUCCGGGACUGGAGUUACCCCUAUGAGCACCCGUACGGUCUGGAGGGAGGACAGAGCUUUUUGGAGAAGAGACUUCAGGUGAGUUUGAGGACCAGGCUGAAGACUCUAGUGAUGAUGAUGAUGAUGAUGAUGAAGGUGAAGGUGUCUUUGAUACUGACCUGUGUGUGUGUGUGUGUGUGCGUACGUGCGUGUUUCUCCCAGGUGAAGCAGAACCAACACGAAGAGCUGCAGAACGUCAGGAAACACAUCCACUCCUGCUUCUCCAACAUCAGCUGCUUCCUGCUGCCUCACCCCGGACUCAAGGUCGCCACCAACCCGCACUUCGACGGACGCCUCCGAGGUAAAGGGGUCAGGGGUCAGGAGCUGAGGAGCCCUGCGUGGCCCGGGACCUUCUGUAAAGACCUGUAACACUCUGCUGUCGUGUGAUUGGUUCCCGUGUCUCAGAUAUCGACGGCGAGUUUAAGAAGGAGCUGGUGAACCUGGUCCCCACGCUGCUGUCCCCGGAGAACCUGGUGGAGAAGGAGAUCGGGGGGGUGAAGAUCACCUGCAGAGACCUGCUGCACUACUUCAAAGUGAGUAAAUACAGGUCUACUGCACACGCUCAGUCUGAGUCAGGUGUCUGGACUGGACCUGAACCCGGAUCCUGAACCCGGAGCCUUAACCAGGACCCUGCAGAUGUACUUGUAUGUCUCUGGAGUCUCUGCCUUUAUUGAUCCAUCCGACGUGUUUUUCAGGCCUACAUGAAGAUCUAUCAGGGAGAGGAGCUUCCUCACCCCAAGUCCAUGUUACAGGUCAGAUCAUCACAGUCUGUCAAACAGCUCCACCUGCUGGACGCUUCAGAUCAUCACAGUUUUUCUGAAACACUAAACUUUUGAACAACUUCAGAUUUAUCAACGACUUUUAAUCAGUUAUUAAAUAGAUUUUUAUUAGUUAUUAAAUUGAUUUUUAAUGAGUUAUUUAAUUGAUUUUUAUUAGUUAUCAAAUUGAUUUUUAAUGAGUUAUUAAAUUGAUUUUUUAUUAGUUAUUAAAUUGAUUUUUAAUUAGUUAUUAAAUUGAUUUUUAAUGAGUUAUUAAAUUGAUUUUUAAUUAGUUAUUAAAUUGAUUUUUUAUUAGUUAUUAAAUGGAUUUUUAUUAGUUAUUAAAUUAAUUUUUUAUUAGUUAUUAAAUUGAUUUUUUAUUAGUUAUUAAACAGAUUUUUUAUUAGUUAUUAAAUUGAUUUUUUAUUAGUUAUUAAACAGAUUUUUUAUUAGUUAUUUAAUUGAUUUUUUAUUAGUUAUUAAACUGAUUUUUCGGUUUACUGUAACUGUUUGUUUCUUGUUUUGAUUUCAGGCGACAGCUGAAGCCAAUAACCUCGCCGCUGUAGCCGGAGCCAAAGACGCGUACAACAAAAGCAUGGAGCAGGUAACGACCUCACCUGGAGAUACCAGAACACUCCGUUUGUUUGGACACAGAACCGUCACGCAGAGUCCUCCAACAGGACCGCUGAGUCUGUGGGUCGGGUUUUGUAAAGAGAAGGUGACCUCGUGAUGUUUUGGUUUCCAGGUCUGCGGCGGAGACAAACCCUACAUCUCGCCGACAGAGCUGGAGCGCCGUCACGUGGAGCUGCGGCAGGCGUCGGUGCGACACUUCCGCUCAGUGAAGAAAAUGGGUGGCGAAGAUUUCUGUCGGCGUUAUCAGGAGCAGCUGGAGGCGGAGCUUGACGAGGCGUACGCCAACUUCAGCAAACACAACGACGGCAAGAACAUCUUCUACGCGGCGCGAACGCCGGCCACGCUGUUCGCCGUCAUGUUCGUCAUGUACGUCACGUCCAUGGUCACUGGCUUCGUGGGCAUCAACUCUGUGGCCACAAUGUGUAACUUGGUGAUGGGAGCGGCGCUGACGGCGCUCUGCGUCUGGGCCUACGUCAAAUACUCCGGGGAGUUCCGUGAGGUGGGCGGAGUCAUUGACCAAGUGGCAGAAACUCUGUGGGAACAGGUGAGGGGGCGGUCCGAUGUAGACCUGUUUGUGUGUCUCUGCUGAGUCCUUCAGGUUUGAGGGUCUGAAGGUUCUGAAGGAUCUGGAUUCAGUUUGUGGAGGUUCUUCUGACCAAACUGUCCUGAACUGUCAUCCCUGACCUUCAUCCUCAUCCUCCUCUUCCUCCUCACCUUCAUCCUCAUCCUUAUCCUCACCUUCAUCCUCACCUUCAUCCUCAUCCUCCUCUUCCUCCUCACCUUCAUCCUCACCUUCAUCCUCACCUUCAUCCUCAUCUUCACCUUCAUCCUCACCUUCAUCCUCAUCCUCCUCACCUUCAUCCUCCUCUUCCUCCUCACCUUCACCUUCAUCUUCAUCUUCACCUUCAUCCUCACCUUCAUCCUCCUCAUCCUCCUCACCCUCACCUUUAUCCUCACCUUCACCUUCACCUUCACCUUCCUCCUCCUCUUCCUCCUCUAACUUCUUCUUUGUUUUCUCUGCUGUUGCUUCCAGAGGACUCCUCGAAAGGUGAGCAUGGAGGGCAGAUGGGGGUCUCCUGUUUUUGCUGCAGGUUUAGGGGCUUUGAUUCAGUUACUCAGGACUGGGACUUCCUGUUAAAGGGAUAUUCUGGAGUAAAUUUAAUUUAGAGUCAAACUCACCGUAACACCGAGUUAGACCCCCCCUCCAGAGAUGAAUGUUGCCGACCGCUUGCUUCUCUAGUUAUACCAACUUUAGUAACGACCGCAGGAUAGAAAUACAGAGAGCCACGCCCCCAACCAAAACGCCACUCUAUAGCCACAAAUAAUGCUCAGAACAGCACCUAACUUCAUCAACAGUACAUAUAGGGUCAAGGAAGAACAUUUAUGAUCAUUUCUUCAUGGAAAUACAAUCAGACCGAGACGCUAAGACAGAAGAACUACCGCGUCUGUAAAAUGAUCAAUAUGGUGAUUAUUACUUCAAGGAAAUGAUAAAGAAAUGAUCAUAAAUGUUCUUCCUUGAGCUGCGGCACCCCGCUGUAGUCCGUAAUAUGUCCUGUUGAUGAAGUUAGGUGCUGUUCUGAGCAUUAUCUGUGGCUAUAGAGUGGCGUUUUGGUUGGGGGCGUGGCUCUCUGUAUUUCUAUCCUGCGGUCGUUACUAAAGUUGGUAUAACUAGAGAAGCAAGCGGUCGACAACAUUCAUCUCUGGAGGGGGGGGGUCUAACUCAGUGUUACGGUGAGUUUGACCCUAAAUUAGUUUUGCUCCAGAAUAUCCCUUUAACAGACGCCUGUAAACAUGGAUGCAGAACAUCCCUCAUCAUGAACUCGGUCACGGCUUCGCUCACGCUCGGGCAGAGAGGGGAGGAGCUGCUCCAUGGAUACAGGAGUCUGAGGUUUUAGGGUGUAGAUGUUCUCAGAGGUAGACCAGCGUCUGUGUACAGAGGGAUCCAGAGAACCCGGGAGGAGUUCACCAUCGAGUAAAGAGACGGUUUGGACCUGGUUUCAGUGCGGUGUUCAAAGUGCUGAUUGGUUAGUAUCUGAGAAUGAGUAACCACAAUGACUCGUCCUGACUCCGCCUCCUCCUCUUCUUCUUCUUCUUCCUCCAGGUUUUCUCCAAACUCUUCGAAGUCGCUCGGAGUAAAGUCCCGUUGGCCAGCCUGAUCCCAACGCCGCGACCCCGGCUCGCCUCAAACAACAACGUUAAGAAGAAAAACUAGCAGCACGCCUCCUCUGUCACUACCCCGACCCCUCCCCCCCACGUUUUUAGGACGCUUUGAGACGUGUAAAUCAGUUUCUGUUCUCUGACUGUAGAUGGUUCCUCGCUGAAGGAGCUACUCUAGACCCAGACGAAGCAGCGUGAUGUACUUUAUUUCUGUCAGUGGGCGGGGCUAAGGUAUUUAUUGGUGGGUGGGGCCAUAAUUCUAUCACUAAGCGUCAUCAGAGGUGUGUGUUCACCUGUCGACACUUCUGAUUCCAUUUCCUGUGAAUGUACCAGAGAAGAGCAUGACCACACCCCCUCCUCCUGGUGUCUCCUUCCUCUCCUCCCUCCUCACGGCUCCUGUUGUGGGCGGAGUCUGGAGGAGGAGGCGGAGUUCCAACCAAAGUUUACAGCUUUACCUUUAGAGGCUCUCAGACUGACAAAGGAACAGGAAGCUGCAGAUGACUGACAGCUGGCUUUGAGGGAAAAUGAGACCCGCCCACAAUCCCGAACUCAGAACUCUGUAGACCCGACUGACAGUACCCCCUUUGUCAAAGAGUUCUGGAUCUCAUCGGGCUUCUUGAUCCGGUCAGAUAAAGGUCCAUUAGACCUCCCGGUCCUCAGAUGGUUCCCAGUAUCUCAGUAUUUACCCCUGAAACCCGGGACCGCAUUCGGACCCUCCGGAGGUCGUCUGAAACUUUAGAGAAUGGCACGACUGUCACAAGUCCAAGUGCUCAUGUCACCCUAAAUUUACGGCCACGCCCCUUUUUUGUCCCGAUCGUUGUCACCAGGUGACCUCGGGAUUACAAACGCAGGCCUGACGUGGUUCACAGUUCCUGAUGUAGUCCACUAAGAUGGUACCGGGCUGAGCCGGGACGUUCGUUUUUGACCGAAUUUGAACUUCUGAAAUAUUUCAGCGUUUUUAUCCUCAAGCCCACGAGUUUGUCCGAUUGUGGGCGGGUCCGACUGAAGGUGAAACUACAUUUCCCAGAAGCCAGCUGACCCUGAAGCAGCAUGUCUGACUGUGUAAGGUUUCUUUGGACCAGAACCUGACUUGAUUCUUCGUUGUGACCCUGACUCUCAGUAUUGACUUGUUAUUUAAUGGUUCUCUUUGGACGGUUCAGGUGGAUCGUAGCGUUUUAGAGUGGACUUGAUUUGGAUCCAAUAAAAGUUCUGCCUCGGGGAGACCAGGUCCUAUUUGAGUACCACUGCGGUGUAAAAAGGUUCCUGUGGGUUUCUUCAGCCUGCAGCAGUCAAACAGCUGAACUCACUGAGCGCGUCUCUUUAAAGCCACCAAACCCCAUUGAAAAAAAGACUGAUUUUACUUUCCAGAACACAGCAGCUCUUCUGUGGGUUUGAAAGAGUCAUUUUAGCUUCAACACUAAAUCAAACACAGAACCUCUGAAUCUGAACCGGACCAACACUCCUGACUCCUGUCAGGGAAACGUCCUGGUUCUGGGGGUGGAGUCUGGUGCUGCUGGUCGUUUGUUUAUACCUUCAUAUUUGAUAAUAACCAAACUUCAUCAGCAGACCUGAAACGAACAUUUCUGAUCUCGCUGGUUCAGUUUUUUUUUUUAGUUCAGGUCUGACAGCCGAGCGUGACGACGACAAAACGAUUUUGGCGAAGAGGUCGUGAGGAAGUCAAGUAAAGGUUCAGAGAGGAAGCAAACCAUCCAAUCAGAAAAAAGGCUGUUUUUAUGGGAGGAAGGUCAGAGCGCCGCGCUGCACCGCGCCGCGCCGUGAACGUUCGACCGUUACAAGAACAAAGUCCUGUUUUAAUGAGAUUAAAAUCAUGACGUUUAAAGGAGAAGUCCGAUCAGAUUACAGUUUUCUUCUGUAGAGAAAACCGUUUUUUUGGAGCGAGUCUUCAGACUGACUUCCUGUCUCCUCUGUAAACCGGCGUUCUGGCGCUCGUCUGUAACAGCGGCCAUCUUUAGACCCAAACGCUGCGCUAACAUCGAACACGGACUAAACCCUCUUCCUGUAUUUCCGAACUUUACACUUCAUAAUAACUCUAAUAAUAAUAACACAUAUUUAUGUUCGUGAUAUAAUUAUAUUUAUAAUUACAACUAAACGAGUGAAUCCGACUUUGACGUUUUUCUCCUUCAGAACGUGUUUUUUUUUACGUCAUCAUUCCACUUUACAAAUGUGAGAACUUGAAACUCGUAACUUUACGAUGUAAACUAACUUCCCAAUCGUAACUUUACGACAUAAACGAACUUUCCUCUUUAUAAUAAUAUAACCAUAAUAAAUGAUAAAAACUCAUAUUUAUAUUAGUGAUAUAAUUAUAUUUACGAUUUUAGCUAAUUGAGUAAGUUUCAGUUUUUCUCCUUCUGAACAUGUUUUUUUUUUACGUCUCCGUUUCUCUUCACAGAUUUAAGAACUUUAAACUCGUAACUUUACGAAGUAAACAAACGUUCGUCUUCGCUCGUUAACGUUCGUCCUGAAAUCGUCACUUUGUUUCUCUUCGCUGUUUUGACCUUAUAAGGAAAUCCUCGGACUUUAAAGACCCACAGAGGAGCUCUGAGGCGGACUCUGCUGGGCUCAGUGGACUCAGCUGUUGGGGGUUCAGAUCCUCUUCUCCAGGACCUCAGAGCUGACGGUCCGACUCUGAGCCUGAAGAAGACCUGACCCCCUUAUUCAGGUCUAUGAAGAAACCUGUCAGACCAAAAACUGGACCUGAAGGGUUAGAGACCCUGAAGUGGGUCUGAAAAAGGGUCCAGGGUCUCAGACCCCUUAGAUGGUUUAGGACUUCAGAGUCCAGCUGUCCCCAAAAUCCAAGAUGAUUCAAUCAAACGGUCCAGACUAGUCCAGCUGAGACCUGAAGACCUGAAGACCUGAAGACCUGAAGACCACCUUUGAAUCGGGUUUUUGACUUCGCUGUCAUUCCUCCUCCUCUUUCUCCUCCUCUUCCUCUUCUUUCUCCUCCUCCUCCUCCUUCUCCUCUUCUUCUUUCUGCUCCUCCUCCUCCUCUUGUUUCUCCUCCUCUUCCUCCUCUUCUUUCUCCUCUUCCUCUUCUUUCUCCUCCUCCUCCUCUUCCUCCUCCUCUUCUUCUUUCUCCUCUUCUUCUUCCUCCUCCUCCUCUCCUUUCUCCUCUUCCUCCUCCUCUUCUUCUUUCUCCUCCUCCUCCUCCUCUCCUUUCUCCUCCACCUCCUCCUCCUCCUCUUCUUCUAUCUCCUCUUCCUCCUCCUCCUCCUCUUCUUCUUCUUUCUCCUCCUCUUCUUUCUCCUCCUCCUAUUCUUCUUUCUCCUCCUCCUCCUCCUCCUCCUCCUCCCUGUUUUUUCUCCUCCUUUUCUUUUUUUCUGUUCUUCGAGCGCUGACUGAAGUUUUUCUGUUUUAAUGCCAAAAGCUGUGAUGAUUGAUUGAUUGAUUGCUUAUCGAUAGAUCGAUCAUUGAUUGAUUGAUUGAUAAAAGUUUCAUUCCAAACAUGGACCUCCUCCUCCUCCAGCCGGGGUCAAAGGUCAUCACAUCCCUUCUGUCUGAUCAUCAUUCCAUCCAGGACGCCGCCGCCAUCACCACUGUGUGCUUUUGUUUUUGUACAGCCUCAUCCACACACACACACAUACACAUGCACACACACAUACACACACACACGCACACAUGCACACAUGCACACACACACACACACAUGCACACACACACAUACGCACACACACACACACACGCACACACACAUACACACAGAAACUCUCUCUCUCUCUCUCUCUCUCUCUCUCUCUCUCUCUCUCUCUCUCUCUCUCACUCGCGCACUCACACGCGUGCACACUCACACACACUCACACACACUCACACACACACACACACAGGGCAUGUGUAUGAAGAAACAGUAUAUACAAAUAUAGAUAUAAAUUUUCUAGAACCUUUUGUAGCUGGAGGGCGGAUGAUUUGGUUCAGGUCGGGUCUGUGUGGGUCCAGGUCCGUCUGGUCUGGGUCUGGCUUGUUCAGGCGAUGGGCCCGGGUUUGUCUGGUCCAGCUAGUCCAGGUCUGUUUAGGUCCAGGCCCGCUCAGGCCCAGGUUCUGGGCCCGGCCCGGCUCCCUGGUGUCACGCUGUGGUGCCGUGUGGAUCCGUCUGAAUUCCUUUUUUAUAUGAAUCUUUGUAAAUUGAAUCCAACGUGAGCACUGCGGUCCGGCCUCUGCGGGGAAAGAAUGUUUCUAAUCUGGAUCUCUUGGUUCUUCGUCCUCUGUUGCAUUUGAAAGUUAUUUUCGUUAAUUUAUUUUUCAGUACAAUAUUAAACCAAACUCCAACACUAACCGUCUGUUUACUGUGGUCUGUCACUGAGCUGGAGUCACACACAGGGUUCCAACUGGGACACUGGUCCAGAUCUGGGUCAGAAGGUCCAGAUCUCACUCAUCUGAGCAGAACCAGAUCCAUCUAUCUGGGUUCAACAGAGAGUCACUCUGCAGCUCAUUUAAAGUAGGAGGGAAAACUGAAGCGAGAUCAGCA